GAGCCCGUUCAUGUACUGUGCAGGGGCAGCUAUUGAAUGUCUGUCAUUACUGAAGUGUGUUUUUAUUUUAUCUUCUACGCCUAAUCGUUGCUUUUUAGCCUGGUGCGACAUUUUAAUGAGAAUAUUAAAGCCUAGUAGUGUUUUGCUUUAAGCGCUCGUCUUAAGCAAGUAUGGACUGCAGAGUUCUGUCAGUUCAGAGUCAUGUUGUCAGAGGAUAUGUGGGAAACAAAUCUGCUUCUUUUCCUUUACAGGUGCUGGGCUUUGAAGUCGACACUAUCAAUUCUGUGCAGUUCUCAAACCAUACAGGAUAUGAGCACUGGAAAGGCCAGGUGUUGACUGCGGAUGAAUUGCAUGUCCUGUACGAGGGGAUCAAGCUUAACAACGUGAACCAAUAUGACUAUGUGCUCACAGGGUACAGUAGAGAUGAUUCCUUUUUGGAUACAGUGGUGGACAUUGUACAGGAGCUGAAGAGCGCAAACCCGAGCCUGGUGUAUGUGUGUGAUCCAGUGCUGGGUGAUAAUGGAGCUAUGUAUGUUCCUGAGAACCUGCUGCCUAUCUACAGAGACAAAGUAGUUCCAGCUGCAGACAUCAUCACUCCUAAUCAGUUUGAGGCUGAGCUCCUCACUGGUAGACACAUAAGUUCAGAAAGAGAUGCAGUUGAAGUGAUGAACCUGUUGCAUUCGAUGGGUCCGGAUACAGUGGUCAUCACCAGCUCUGACCUGCCCUCUCCUCUGGGGGAUCAGUAUCUGGUUGCCCUGGGGAGCCAGAAAAGAGUGAGUGCAGAUGGUACCAUGGUGACUCAGCAGAUCCGAAUGGACAUCCCCAAGGUGGAUGCUGUAUUUGUGGGAACAGGGGACCUGUUUGCUGCGAUGCUGCUAGCGUGGACGCACCUCCACCCAAAUGAACUGAAGAUGGCCUGUGAAAAGACAGUUUCAGUCUUACACCAUGUCAUUAAGAGGACUAUUACUUUUGCAAAAGAGGUGGCCGGUCCGAAUCGAAAGCCCAGUCCUGCUCAGCUCGAGCUGCGGAUGGUCCAGAGUAAAGCAGACAUUGAGGAUCCUGCCAUAGUUUUGAACGCUGUUGUUCUGUAGUGCUUUAAUCUUAGACUCUGUCCUAGACAAUAUGAAUGUCCUACAUUUAACAGCAAGAGUUUACAAUCACAGUACUUUCGAUGCUGGACACUAAUGUUCUUACAAUUGAAACUGUGACUUCUGGUACUCCAUAGUGCAUUAGUGCAGGUACUGCAUCCAAAAACUAACAUGAUACCUUAUGUUAUGUUCACAUUCCAGCCAUAAUGUGCAUGUGACUAUCUAGCCAUUAUUAGUAUUUGAUUAUGAUUUAUGCAUGUGUCUAUCUGGAUUAAAUAUUUAUAAUGAUUUAUUAACAUUAAGAGAAUGUCUAACAUAUCAGUGUUGUCUAACAGUGUUGAAUCAGUCUGUCUUAUAUGUAACAUUUUAUUUGAUCCGUUAGUCUUAUUUCAUCAGAACAACUGUACAAGCCUAGUCAUUUCAAGUUUGAGAAAAAUGUCCAUUGAAGAAUAAAAAUCAAUUGUCUCUACUAGAAUGUGCCUUGAAAAUUCUGCUGUAGUAGAUAGUAAAAUAAAGUCUUUGUAAUAAUUAGCAAUAAUUGCCAUGGCGACUAUUAAUUGUAAUAAAAUCCUUAAAUUUGUAUUCA